CUCUCCGGACUAACCCCGUACGCGCUCGGAUUGCUGACAGUCCACCGCGCGGAUAACGCCAGGCCAGGCGCGCUGCGACGACACUUUCAUUUACUUUGUUUGGGAAUCACCACAAGGCACCGUAAACAGCGUCUUAAAUGACAAGGAUGGGAAGUGCUCGCACACAGCCUGAACUCUCUGGAAGUUUGCGGAUUUCUGCCUCCAAGGUUAACGAAGAGGGUAACUGAAGAUCAUGGGAGAGGCGGCUCCGACCCAGGCCACCCCAAGUGGUUUUGCACCCAUGUUGGGCGUCGGGAUGGGAGGAUCAGUCACACCAAUCGCCACUUCAAGAGGAUCAGCCGUUCCUCAGCUCCACAGUGCCAUAGUGGACCGCUUGCGUGCCAGAAUAGAGCUGUGCCGGCGCCAUCACUCCACCUGCGAGGACCGCUAUGUGCGCAGUCUGGUGGAAAGUUCGGACCGGGAACACGAGAGCACACUCCAUUACUUAAACAUCGUCCAUCAGGGCCCCACGAACAGGAAGACCAAGGGCAAUAGAUCGGCCUCUCAGCAGCCUCCUGAAUACAGCAGAGUGAAUGGGCAACAUAAAGCCCACAGUUCAUCGGAGGCGGAAUCCAAAAUUUCUUCGCAAAUAGCAAUUUGGAGAAAUGUAGCGUUACAUCA